GGCGGAACCGCGAAAGUGCAGCUGCAGCUGAUUCUACCAUCAGAUACCCUCCGCUUCGCCUUCUUUCACGUGGCGGAACAUUUAUUGUCGGUCAAAGUCCGAGAGCGGCCGAUGUUCUACUCGCUCACCCCGUUUUUCGGUUCGACGUAUGGCGGCACAGAAGUGUCCAUCAAGGGUCAGAACCUUCUCCCCGACGACGAGCAAGACGCGACAGUGAAAUGCAUCUUCUGGUUUGGCCGCUACGCAUUGCAAAAGCAUGACCUUCGCACACAGUAGAAUUCGCAUGAUGAAUUUUUCCACAAGGAGAAUGAAAGGAAAUUUGUCAUGCCGGUUCAGGUAUAAGCGCAGGGCAGCGGCAGAUCUGUCAUGUCAGCCUGCAAAUUGUACGAGUGCGAUAGUACUUUUGCAAAAAUCCAUAUCCUACCAGUGGAGGCGAUUUCCGUGAACCAAACGGUGAUUACUUGUGUGACCAACGCGGCGCUGAACCCGACCCAGUCCUGGUCGCAGGAGGUCCAGGUGCAGUACUUGAACAGAUUCCUACGCGUCUACCCGUCCGAAGCGCAGCUAGAUCCGCGACCGUACAACGUUUCCACUUUCACAGAGGGCUUCGAAGAACCGAUGAUGCUCUCGACCGGCUUGAAAUUCAACUUCGAGCCGCCACCGGAGAUCAACACGAUCGAGCCGUUAGUUGUUGCGCAGCACGACUACAUCCUGGUCGCGGGGAAGAACUUCCUCCGCGCGGGCGUGAAGACGCACAUGCGGUGUCGGUACCGGUUGAAGUUGGACAAUCUGAACACGACGGCGGAGCAGGCGCGAGUGUUGCGGAUGAAUAAUGAAGUGUCGGAAACAAAAGUGUUGGCGAACAUCAUCAACCACGACUUGAUCCGGUGUAAAACCGUUCUAGUCGGGAACAUCACCGUCGACGUGACGAUCUCGAUCCAGGAGAACCCGUUGCUAGAGUGGUCUAACAGUAGGGAAAUCAAAGUCUACGAGGCGCCGAAGGCUUUCCAGACAUUAGACUUGGCGCUGGAAACGGUGAGAAAACAGAAGGAAGCGCAGUUGCAGUUAGAAGCGAAUCAGGCGGCUGGCAUAAGUUACAACGUGACGACGACAAGCACUACGACCACCGACCCGUUCCUGCCUCUGAACAACAACACAAACGAGACUUUGGCGACUUUGGUGUAUCACCAGUCCGUGGAAACGAUAGCGGUUGCGAUGGACCUGGAGAAAUGCGAAGAUAAUGAAUCAGGUGAAUGUCUCCGACCGCCGCCCGGUGGCUUGUUUGCGCCACUUAGCUGCGCAGAUUACGCGGCGAAGGGGGGAUGCUUCUCUCUAGUCUUCGACGGGUGCUGUCAAAAAACUUGCGGGAUGUGUCCGGAUGUGUUGAGUAAGAACUCGCAGAAUUUGGUCUGUUUGAUUGUCGAUCUAGAAACCGAUAGAGUUGUCAUCGUUCCGAGACGCUCCGACAACCUCUUCGGAACCGACGCGCGGGUCACGACAAACAUGACGCAGGAGUUAGUGCUCGCGAACUGCCUAACCGCACCCCUUCCUCCCUACAAGAAGUUUUUUGUCAAAGUGGCGCUGUUAUCUCGGAAUUAUCAAAACAUUUUCGAGCGGUCGAUGUUCUACCAGGAAAACUUUCACCAGAUCUACCAGCAGCGCACGAACGACACGAAAUUGCUUCAAAACGAGCACGACAUCUUCGCGAUUGCGGCCACCGGCGGGGCGCCGAUGCUGACGUACACCGGGGGCGUCGCGCAAUUGCUGGAGAGAACUUUGUUCCCGAAGUUCGGGCAAGCCGG